AUGAUGACUGCGAUCUCGGGUGAUUUACAAGGCGCGGCUCCAGUGCCAGUUGUACCUCAUCCCGUGGACAGCGAUCGUACGCAUUACCCUUCUGUAUCAUCUUCAUCUUCAUCCAUUUCCGACGGCGAACCCGAACGUGGUCGAUCCCGACUAGAGCGUCCCCGCAUGGCGAGCCGGAAACCCAGCGCCUCCAUCCUUGUCCCUCGGGACCACCCCGAAAUCGAGAUCGAGGAGGAGGAGUUUCCUCCAGACGAUGCGCGCGCCAUGAGCCCGCGCCGUGAUUCCGCCGACGUUGAGCGUCUGGGGAAGGAGGCUCGUCAAACUUUACAAGAACAAGCAAAGAACCUGCAAAAUUCAUUACAGGCCCUGGCCGAGCGGAUCGAAGAAGUCAAGACUGACCACGACCGACUCGAGAGCGAGAACAGAUUUCUCCAAGAUUACAUCGGUAGCCUGACACAAACCAUGUCCAAGAGCGAAAUCACUUCCACUACGGCUGGAAAGACGAAGAAGAACCGGAAGUGA